ACAAAAACCACAUGAGGAAAUGAAGACAGGUGGUUUAAAAGUGACUGGGGAGAGAGAGGAGAUGUCCAGCCAUGGCUCUGCUCAGGCUCACAGCUCUACUGCUUCUAAUAGGCCUUUGCCACUCUUCGCCUCCUCACUGUUCGUACUGGAGACUCUGGGAGUACCUGAAUCUCACCACCACCAACAGUUUUGUGGCAAAUGUCCGUCCAGUGAAGUCCUGGACCGAGGUCACUAAAGUCAAAAUGGAGAUGAUCCUGUUUGGCAUUGUAAAAGUGGAUGAGAAGUGUCAAACUGUCCAAGGACACACCUGGACCACUAUGUACUGGUCCAAUGCGUUUCUGAACUGGAACACUACGGAUUUCUGUGACAUCGACGUCAUCACUGUCCCUCGCUCCCUGCUCUGGAUCCCCGACAUUCACAUCCAGGAGGAUGCUUCAGACCCCAGCAGCAUUCUGGAAAGUCCGUAUGUAAACCUGUAUCCGGACGGUUGGGCCAUGACCACCUCCAGGCACCUCCUGACCUUCACCUGUCAACUGAACCUCAACAUGUUCCCCUUCGACGAUCAGGAAUGUGACAUCACAUUCUCCUCUAUGACUGCAAGCGUUGAUGCCAUACUUCUGGUCUCACAGGCUGGCAACGACCAACAGAUGACCAAUUAUUCCAAAGGGGUCAUCAUCACUCAGGGCGAAUGGGACCUGAAAAACAUCCAGAUCAACACUACUCUGAAAGUAAUGCAUGAUAACAAGAAGCACAGUGAACUCAUAUACACGGUCACUAUAAGCCGCAGACCCAUGUUAUAUGUCAUAAACUUCAUCAUUCCGCUCCUCUACUUCCUGAUUCUGGAUUUGGCGUCUUUCUUCAUAAACGAGGCGCGUGGAGAAAAGUUGAGUUUUAAAAUCACUAUCCUCCUCUCCAUCUCCGUGCUGCUGCUCAUUCUCAAGGAUAUGCUGCCCUCUACUGAGAAGAAGAUGCCAUGGAUCGCGAAUUACUGCAUUGGGAUCUUUGCUCUGGUAGGCAUCAGCGUGUUGGAGGCCAUGACAGUAAGUUACCUGCUCAGUUUUGAGGAAAAAGUCAAAAAGGCUCCUCAUCGCUGUUCAAACUGUGAGGACGCCAUUCAGCUGGAGAGAACCACAUCCAGAGGUGAGUUUUGA